UUAACUGUGUCAUGCAUGGCGAAUAAGUGCAGUGUGCGAGAGGCUUUCAACGCCAGAUACUUGCGCCGCUUUGGAGCUCACAAUCCAGCAAGUUUUUGUGUCAGGUACAUCGGAAUAAGGGCGAAAAUGAAAUACGGAUUAUUGUUGAUCGCGCUUUUCAUUGCUGCAACAGCUCUCACCUCAGGUGAAUAUAGUGCAGCUUAUGUGGCCCCCAGUGCAACCCCAACAACCAUCGAUCUGAAUAAACCAACCCACAAGCCCCCGAACACAACUACUCACAGCCCCAGCCCGACCACGACAACACACAGCCCCAGCCCGAACACGACAACACACAGCCCCAGCCCGACCACGACAACACACAGCCCCAGCCCGAACACGACAACACACAGCCCCAGCCCGAACACGACAACACACAGCCCCAGCCCGAACACGACAACACACAGCCCCAGCCCGAACACGACAACACACAGCCCCAGCCCGAACACGACAACACACAGCCCCAGCCCGAACACGACAACACACAGCCCCAGCCCGAACACAACAACUUCUGCACCUUCCACUACUACAUCAAUACCAAUGCCAACACCACCCACCAACAUGACAAUGGGGAAAUAUAAUGCUAGUGAUGAAAAAGGCACACUGUGUCUUAUGCUUGACAUGGCAAUCGGGAUCCGUGUGAACACCAGCCGGGCUAAUGGCACAUUCAUUGUUCAGCCAAGCAAAACUAAAGGCAAUGGAGAAUGCUUGUCAAAUGUAGUUUCUAUCAGUCUCGUUUUCGACGAAGGUGGAAUUUCCUUCAAAUUUAAUAAAAAUGACGCAACAAAAAAGAUCUUUAUCGAGUUUGUCCAAUACGACUUGACCUAUGCUUUCGAAAGAAAUGUGUUAAGCAAUUACACAGGGCUGAACAGGUCUCUUGAGCUGUUUUCUGUGGAUCUGGGUCACUCUUACUCCUGCAAGGCUGAGACGGUGUACAUGGGGGCUGGUGUGAGUCUGGAUCUGACCCAAUUCAGGUUUCAGGCCUUCAAUAUCAAAAACAACGAAUUCGGACCACCUGAACUAUGCAAGGCUGAUCAACCUGACUACCGCGUUCCCAUCGCCGUGGGCAUAAUCCUCAUCAUACUCAUCGUCAUUGUAGUCAUCGCUUACCUCAUCAGCAGGAAACGAAGGACUGAUGGGUACCAGUCACUAUAGAGGCCUGCAACUCGUGAGAAUAUCAGCAAUUCCAGUUUACAGGAAUCUUAAUGCUGUUAUGUAUUUCUUAAGUAAAUGUUACUUAUGUAUGGUGAACAUGGAUGGCCUAGGGUCCGUCCAAACAAUGUUUACUGUGCAGGGACAGUAUUCCACAUCCUAACACAAGCUGAAGUUGCCAUCACAAUUUUUACAUCACUAUAAGAUCAUAAUAGAACCAAACAAACAAUUGGCUUAGUACAGUACAUGCCUUAUUUAGCCUGCAUUUGUAUACUAAUUACCUUUUUUUAAAGAACCUAACCUAAUACUGACAUUACAAAAGGAUUUAUGAUCUACUGUUGAUCCAUCUUACGUGUAAGUGCUCUUUUCUAUAAGUGCUCUUCACUGUCUGUCACAAUGCAUUUUCUGUGAUAUAGGCUAAUAAGCCAUUGUUAAUCUGAUAAAUGUGUACAGUGCUUUAUUCUUUCCUAAGGGGCCUUAAAACAUAUAAAAGGGAAUUAAUUUGCUUGCAUUGUGUAAUUAAAAAUAGAAAGGAUUUUAAAAGCAGUUGCAUCCUAGUAUUCUUUUUUUUUUUUUUUUUUAAACCUGAAGAGCUUUACUAUACUGUAUUGUGAUCUGAAGCUGCAUUUAUGCACUGAAUAUUGGGAGUAAUGUGUAAUUUUGGUUACAAAUAAAAAAAAAUUGUGUUCAAAAA